AUGCCCAGCAUCCCAGGACACCAGCGUAAUGUGUCACAAGGACAACAUCUUAUAAUCGAUCGCGGAGCCGAUUCUGACGAAGAAGACGUCGAUAAAAUGGCUGGAAAAACGGUGGCAAGCGACACGCGGAUUUCAAUGGAAAAUGACGAUGCACCAUAUGGGAAUGGUGGUGUCUAUCCGGGUAGUAGCCCACCGUUCAGUCCGAGUCGACCGCAGGAUAAUAAAUCGACGUAA